AUGCGGGAGCGGCGUGAAGGCCGUGAACCUCACACAUUUUUAGACAACUGCUGCCUCGAGGAGCAGGUAUCACCACGACUAAAUGAACUUAGGCACCAGAAUUGCUUGGGCGAGAAUCCGGAGGCAACGUCGACGGUGUUCAAUUGCUUCAGUAGUGUAAGCUCGCAGCAACCCGGUAUCUCCUACGAUAGUGCGUACAGGAGCAGGAAUGGGGUCGGCUACUUCCCGCCGCCACCACCACCACCUUUUCCUCCCCUGCCUUUUUUUGUGGGUGACGACAGUGGGACUGACUCGAAGUUUGUCGGCUGGCCGCCACCCCUUCCGACCACGCACUGGACACUGCCGCAGGAUGCCCCGUGGAUCCCACCGCCACCCAUCCCGCCCAAUGCUUCAGGUGUUUCCCGCAACAACAUGGGGGGCAGUGCGGCCACAAAGUGGCCGACGCCACAAGACAUUCCAUUGCCGUCAACCUUUCCGUUUCCACCGUACCUUCUGCCGCCUUUCGCACCAAUGCCGUCAAACGCGGACUGGGGACAGAUGCCCCCGCCUCCGCCGUGGUUUCCGUGUCCUCAAGGGGAUCAACAUCACCAGCAACGGGGGCAAUACAGUGCGGACGACACGUCAACCCUCGACGAUGCUGAUGAUGAUGACGCUAACGACGGUACACUGACUGAACCAGGCUCUCGAAGGGGAGGAGGACCUGGAUCACACCGAAAGAGCUCUGCACGUCAACCUUCUAUGUCAAUGCACGACGAAAAACAUAUGUCUUUGAUGGUUCGUGAGGCAGAAAGGCGUCAGCUGCAGACCAAAGGCGUCCGUUCCUCAACUAGGAACUCGCUGCGGAACGCAACAAAAGAUGGAAGGCAGGUGUGUGAAAAUUCCUCGUCGGUACAAGGGUGGAAUGCACCUCGUGCUGCAGCAGCGUCUGCACGAAGGUUCAGCUCACCUGCUGUCACGUCACGGCCCGUCAAGACAACAUCUCGACCAUCUAGUAGGCCAAUACCACUUGACCGAAGGCGAAAUGACUACAUGGACGCGCGUGCACUUAAGGGAGUUUCACCGCGUUUAGAGGACGCCAUGAAAGGGCGACCUUACUCGCGAAACGUAAGAGUGUCAAAUGCAUCUCGUGGACGCGGCCGUCCCCAUACCCACAACAUGGGUGUGGGUGGCAAAAGUAAUAGCAUCCGCCACUUGUCAGAUAUCAGUGUGCCUCGUGGUGUUCGGCAUGCUUCUUACCAAGAAGCUGCGAAGCAGGAUGAACGUGUGGCAGAAUAUCUUAAGGGCAUUGAAGACCUUUACAAACGUCUCCGCAGCAGUUAUGAAGAUUUUCAGCGCGACCCAUCAAAAUAUUUGAAGAAUGUAUCUAUAUUGAAGGAGGCGGCAGUAGCCAAAGCGCCACCACCACCGCAAUCAUCCUCGUUCUCACCAGCAGUGUCACGGCCGUCAUUGGCACCACAUGACUUUCUAGAUGAUACAGCUGCAGCAGAAGACAAAGGAUAUGACAUAAAGCGUGUGGCACCGCAAGAGAAAGGAGUCCCUCCAUUAUCUCGGGAGUCCCAACGAAUACGGGAAGAGUUGUUCAAGUUAGAGAUGCAGUGGCAACGACUAGAGGAGUUGAAGCGAGGCACCACUGGAGAAUGCGGCGCUGCUCCGAUGGAAAUGUUGCAGGAUGACUUCAGGGAAACAACAUCGAGGAUGCUCCACGGAACAAGGGCUGGCAGGGCGGAGUUCAGCGUCGGCAAACCCCAAGGUCAUGAAAAUGGGAGACUCAAUGAGCGCGUCACAAGCAUGCGUGAUUCACUUUAUGGGGGCAGUGUACAAGGGAUUGCCCCGGUUGAGGGAGUGAGAAAGGACAAACCAAAGGCCGGUAUUCUGUCACGCAGCUCUACUUCACACCUUACAGGAGAUGAGGCACAAAACAGUUUCUUGGAUGGUGGUCAAGUGGGUCAUGAAAAUCGAAGUGCUAACACUAGUACAAGCAGUCACAGGCCCUUUACCCGUGAUCAUGUGCUGGAGUUGGUGCGGGAGCGAAAGGCUAUGCUGGAAUAG